CUUUAAACACAUUGUAAAUGGAUUUGCAGUCCACACUACUCCUUCUCAGAUUGACAAGGUGAAAGGAGCAGAAGGGGUGAGGUUAGUGGAAAAGGACAGAAGAGUAAAGAAAAUGACAACUUAUAGCCCACAGUUUCUGGGGAUACAAUCAGCAUGGACUCAAGAAGGGGGAGACAAAAAUGCUGGUGAAGGUGUUGUUAUUGGAUUUGUGGACACUGGAAUCAACCCAUCACACCCCAGCUUUGCUUAUGAUCCCACACACCCAUUUUCUUCAGACAUAUCCCAUUUUUCUGGGGAUUGUGAGACAGGUCCUAUGUUUCAUGAAUCUGCCUGCAAUGGCAAAAUUGUGUCUGCCAGGUUUUUCGCUGCAGGGGCACAAGCUGCUGCUAACCUUAAUGCCUCAUAUGAUAUCCU